GGUUGGCAGCAGUGGGUGCAGGAUCACAACGGAUUCGGAUUCCUUUCUAGUUCAUUUGUGCAGUCUAGAGCAUCAGUGAUUGUACUAGUGAUACCGUUUAUCUUACAAUUUUGUUAACUGUGUUCCAAUUUUGUUUAUAGAUUAAUAGGUGCCGCGGGAUGGCCGGAGUCGCAGAGAACAUUCAAGUCGUAAGUAAUGACAAGAGUGCGAGUGUGUUCGAUGGAGAGUUGUCCCCUACUGACCUGACCUUCAAUCUCUCGGGGACGGACAACGCGAGUCUGCAGGAGCUCAUAGAUUCCGAAUUGGCUUUGCGGAUCGGCGGCUGCAUGCAGUCCGAGGUCGAGGAGCCCGAGGGUGAACCCGAGGAGCCCCUGGUGGAUGUGGCCCCCGUGCGGGUCGUGCAGCCCGUUAGCUUCGUGGCGACAGAUCCGAGCGAACGCUUCAUCGAGGUCGAGAAGUGCCACACCGCUGCCACACUUAACGUUUUCUCUGACACGAUAGACCUAUCACCGACCUCGGAUUUCGUACCGUUUCCUCCGUGCUCCCUUCCUCAAGAAGAUAUAGCGAAAUCUCCGGAUCAGACCGCACCAGAAAAGACAUUUUCCAGCGGCAGUGACGACUCUCCCGUCACGGAAGAUUUAGAGCCGAUCCCUCUGUUCACGCAGACCAUUACCUCGGACCACGAGCAGAGCCCACUGACCGAAGUCAAUCCCUUUAUCGUGGAGGAACUGGUGGAAGUCGGCUCCGACAAAGACCCUCCGAUCGACGAGGUCCUGGUUGUAAUAGAGCCCCCUGACGAUGCCACCCCGGUCUCGGACAGUCCCGACCGCGUCUUCUCUCCUGUCGGUGAGAUCACGGUGGAGGAAAUAGAUUCCGAUAAUCUCGUGGAUAUUUCCGAUCCAAACUUAGUCGUUGAAUCGAUUGAACAGCAGCCCGUUUCCGACCACGAAGAACCUGCAAUCACUGUUGAAUCUCAACCCCUUCUCGAUUUGGAAGAUCAGCCUGUUAUCGAACCAGAAAUAAAAACCGUUGAAAUCGAAGACCCGGCUGUCGCCGAAACUCUAGUUGAGACAGACAAGCCGGUCGAGUUCCCUAGUGAAGACGGUGUAGACGCUAGUGUGAGUGUGUGUAACAGCAUGCCUGUUGUCUCUAACCCAGUGUGCAGUGUGGACUCUGAGUGGACCACGGUGGAGGAUGCUACAAAGGAGAUCCAGUGCUGCGAAGCUGCGGAACACUUCGAGCCGCAGGAGUCUCAACUUGCCGAGGACAUUCCGCCCUUGCAUAACAAUGUGUCUGAGUCAAUAACCACAACCACCACCACAAAGACCGUGAAGAAGAAGAAGAGCAUAGAGGGGGGUGAUGCUACCUCCACUCGCACCAAGAAAACCAAAAAGACCAAGAAAUCUGAAGAAAAGGAAAAUCAUAUUUCAGUUAUUACCAACGGACACCACAGCAGUCCGGAGAGUCUCGCUAGCCCCACUAGCCCCACCAGCCCCACCAGUCCCACCAGUCCUACACCACUUGAUGACGAUGAACUGUCAAAUGUCUGUGUAAGAGACCUGAAACAAACAUACGUUAGGGAAGCAGCUAAAAGCACAAGUGCGACUCUCAAAGUACCAUCUGAGGAACCUGUUCCAUCGCCUGUCUCUAUACGGGAACUGCGACGGAGCUUCUGUGAUCUGCAGCAGGCUUGUGAGACACCCGAGGCAGCGCAACCUCAGUAUCUGGCCUCGGUGCCCAGUCCCCAGCUGAAAGCCCAAUCUCUAGGAGAUUUGCGCCGACUGUCAGACUCUCCGCAGCCCAAACACAUCCACACUGGUGUCUCUGUCAAAGCCCUUGCGGCAAGUUACUGGAGUCUAGUGUCUCGCGAGCCCACCACCCCUCCACUCUUGCUCACCCCUCCCCCCAACAGAAAUGUGGCACAUACACUCAAGAAAUCCAGCUUUAGUAAAUUUGAUCAACUACAGAAGAAAACUAUUUUACAUGUACGGUCUUCUGAUGCUUCCAAGAUACAAAAGCAGUUCAACCAGGAAGCCCCAGAUGCACAGGGAGCCAACCCCACAUGCAAGUCUUGUGGCAAGACUGUGUUUGCCAUGGAGCAGGUCAAGGCUGAGCGCAGUGUAUGGCACAAGAACUGCUUCAGGUGUAAGGAGUGCAGCAAACAGCUCACAGUGGACAUAUACCAGAGCCAUGAAGGGGAGCUGUUUUGUAAGCCUCACUUCAAGGAGUUGUUCAAGCCCAAAGCAGUGAUAGACAGCAUGGAAGAUGAACCUUUGAGACGAAGGAAGCCAGAGAUGAUAAUCCGAGAGAACCAACCAAUCGAGUUGCCUCCGGAAGUGGUCCGAGCAAGUGACAAGGCAGACCUAGGACUGGAAGAGCUUAGUUCUCUUAACGUGAAAUCUAGGUACCAGGUGUUCGAAAAGACAAGUGAGGCUGAGGUGGAAAGAUCACCAAGCACUGUCAAUGUUAAGCGAUCGCCUAGCAUCCUCAGCAAGCUGGCAAAGUUCCAGAAGAAGGGAAUGGACGUUGGUGUGCCAGAUGAGACACUGAAUGGCAUUGGCUAUGAAGAAUCCUCCAGUUCUGAAGAAGAAGCUGAGGGUGAGGAUGGAUCAGUGGUGAAGAGUUCCAAGUUGCCCGAACGACCAGUGAGUUUUAACAAGAUGGAGGAUGUGAAGAGGACGUGGGAAUCGUCGGGAGCGGCGAAGACCAGGGAGGAACUUAGGGCGGAACAGAAGAAAGAGAUCAGCCAAAUCAGGUCACGACUCUUCCAGGGAAAACAGUGCAAGAUGAAGGAGAUGUACGAACAGGCUGUGGCCGAGAGUGAGGGUAAGGUGAGCAGCAAGAAGGAUCAGGAUAUUGUACAGAGCGAGAAGGCAAGGCUCCUCAAGGAGAGGUUUGAGCGAGGUGAGGUUGUCCACUCAGAGUCUGAGGAAGAUGAGGAGAAGAAAGGCAAGAACAAGGAUGUUGAAGACAUGAGCGUGUUUGAAGCAGGUAUUUCAAAGAAAUCAAGAAGUAUAUUUCUGGAACUAGAUGCUUCAGCAGCAAAAACACAAACAUCACCUUUAACUCCGCCUGUCCACGCUUUUACACCACGAACAACAGAACGUCGAGCAUCAAAUACAGUCUCCAGACAAGUAUCGGAAGACAUCGUAAGAGCGAGCGACCCAACGGAUGAUGUUGUCGUUGCAACAGCAGACGUUUCUGACAAGUUCAAGUUCUUCGAGACGUAUAAAGCGCCAGAGAAGGAGCGAAAAGCAUUUCGCAUUACUCCACCGAGGGAAGGUCAAGUCAAGGUCAAGCCAGCUCCUUUACACAGAUGUGUUCUAUGUCUCGCUAACAUGAGCUACGCUUCCGACCUCUCUACUGAAUCUCCUGAGCGGGAGAUCUAUCGAGACCCAGCGGUAGUGCGCAGUGACGACAGUGUGGAAGAUGAGACCAUUGUCAAGCGUAGUCAGACUGCAUCACGCAUGCUGUCAUUGUUCCGACAGAUGGAGGAGCAGAAAGAAGAACUGCCUGAUGGACCAAAGCCACUGAAGUGUUUCACCCCUCCUCCAGAUUACAAGGAGGAUCAGUCGGGCAGCUCUGAAGAGGAGGAGGAGGAGAGUGAGGAGGAGGAGGAAAGUGAGGAUGACACUGGAAUCGUGCGGGCAUCUGAUAAAAUUGAAGAUGAGUUCCUGAAACAAGCCCAGACUGCUGCUAAGGCCAAAGCACUCAAGGAAAAGUUUGAGCAUUGGGAGCCUGAGAAGCAGUCUGUGAACAAUGCCAUCAACCUGUUGGACUCCGAGCAGGAGAGCAUCGAGUCGACCAAGUCCCUGCGAGCUCGUUUUGAAUCCCUCAAGGCUGAACAGCCGAAGGAGAAACCCCGCCCCAAAGUUAACCGAUUUGUGGAGCAACCUACAGUCAUCAACAAGUGUGUUGUCUGUGACAAGACAGUAUAUCCCCUAGAGAAGGUGGAGGUGGAUGGCAAGAUGUAUCAUGGGAACUGCUUUCGGUGUCACCAAUGCCAAUGUAAGCUGAGGAUGGAUUCUUAUACUCAAAACAAAGACAAUUUGUACUGCCUGCCUCAUUUCCGCCAGCUGUUUAUUGCCAAAGGAAACUAUGACGAGGGCUUUGGCUCAGACCAGCACAAGCGCAAAUGGGAAUCAUCUGUGGCACCCGUCAACGGCCAUUGAACCUGAUUCUUUGUACAUUUCUUCUUGUAUUUAUUGUCUUUAUCACUUGUUUGGAAUACUGUGCAUAUAUUAUCUGUUAAUAAACAUAUUUACAUUCCUACACGUACUGGAGUAAAUGACUUUUUGUAUAUGUAAGUAAUGAUCAUUGUAUAAGUUAUUUCUUCUAUAGUACAUUUUUACUAAUGUUAAGUCAAAAUGUCAUGAAAUUGGUUGAUGUCAAGAUAGAUUAUUGUUCUGUGAUUUUCCACAUUUGGUAUUGAAUGUUGCUCAUUGCUAGUUUUUCUUUUUUGACUUGAAUAAAAACUUAGGCUGAUAUAAUUUUAUUUAUUAACGUUUGAAUAGUUUGCUUUACCUAUUGAGUUGAAAAAGUGUGUACAGUUUUAAAAUUAAUCUCCUAAUGUAAAAUAGAAACAGUAUUGAAAACAUAAUUGUUUAUUUUCAUCCAGUCAUCAUUUGACUAAAAUUUGAAAACUAAUCUGUUUUCUUAUGGAUUGUGUAAAUUAAUUCAUUUUAGUCAUAGUUUAUUUCUGUGAUAUCUUAGGCCAUUUAUUUGUGUAUUUUAAAAACAUGACAUUAAAAUCAACUGUUUCCUAUCAAGUUUGAACUUCCUAAACUUAAAAGUAGAGAUGUAAAUUUACAUUAAAAUCUUCAGACCUGAAGUGUAUAAAUCAAAUUAAAUAUAUAUAUACAUAUUUUUAGUUGUAGUGAGUUGUACAUUAUUUGCAUUUACAAAUUUAUAUAAUAAAAUAUAAUUUUUUAUCCUUAACUAUAAAAGACAGCACUAUUGUACAGAAAAGUGUGUAAAAACACAAUAUAUAUGUAUCUAUAAAUAUUUUGUAUGUGGCAGAAAAAAAACAUUUAAAAUGUAUAACAGACAACUUAAUAAUGUAUUUUGCAUGAAUAUUUUAGUCAUACCAUUUAACUAUUUUACAUUUUACUGUAUAAUUUUUUUAUUAUUAAUGUGUUAUAUAGUUGAUAAAGUUGCCAAAUGUUUGUUGUGAGAUUGAUUCAAGAGAUUUAAGUCUGGAUUAUGUAACCACUACAAAGUUAUUUUGUGAAAGUUUUAAUAGUGUUCAGAUAAAAUUUUAAAUCUUUUUCAAAUGUAUAAAGUGAAGAUCGAAAAGGUUUAGGUAAGACCGUAUUUUAAUAAAGGAAAAUAAUGCAUUCAUGAUAA